UUUUGUGUAUCCCUGGCCAACCAACGCGUCUUCCGACCCUGCUCCCACUGCAGCGAUGUUUGCAAGGCGCAGCGGCUGAGCUGCCACUGUGCGCGCUGCACCUUUCACUGGCGCAACAUCUCCGGCAUUCAUCCGUUGUCUUCAAAAUCGCGAUUGGUCCCAGAUAAUAACACCCGCUUCACCCUGGCACUUGUCCGCGUCCGGCUUAUCGGAGAAGACAUGACAUGACCUCUCUUCCGACAGUCAAUGCGGGCCGCAUCCUGGCCAAGCCGAUGCGCAGCCGCGUCCAUAUUCACUACGACAACGAUGAUGACUGCGUUGUUUUCAUUCGCUGCAAUGGCAGAGGAUUUCACAUCGAGUUGUCGCCUUUCUUCCUUUGCAAUUCGCCUCUCAUCACCUCUCGAUACCACAAGUUCACCGCCGCGGUCAGGGGCAGGAGUGACAUGGAUGCGGAGGAAGAAGGCCACUCGGACGAUGAAGAUCCGGAAGAGAUCGAAGCGCGCUUUUAUGACUGGCUUAUCGCUGUGUUUGAGCCAGUCUUCGCAAAAGUAGCGCCAGACAUCCCGCCGGCUUUUAAUCCUGAUCUGAUUCGAACGGGCGAGGCGAAGCCUCUGUUGUCUGACUAUCUCUUCCCUGAGAUUCACCGAUGUCGGCUCGAAUCGGAAGAUGACAAGCCCUUCCCUGUUCACAUGCCAGACGAGGAGAGUCAGUUCUCGGAACCUCUUUGCCACAUCCCGCCAGACCUCGCAAAAGAACUCGAGAAACACGUCAAGUUCUUCGAUCCGUCGGCGGUUGAGGUCUCGUUUAGGCGACCAAAACAGGCGCUUGAUGACCAACCUACUCGGGUCCUGGUUGACUUGUAUGGUUCGGGCGAGAAGACAACUUGCUUCUUCAAGGGAUUUGGAGCUGGGGAGUUCAUCCCCCUUGAGAAUGAACUAGAAACUCAUCUCCGGCUGCUCAAGUCCAACGUGGUGCCCGAGGCGCGCGUGGUUCGUCUGCUCGGCGUGGUAGCAGCAGAGGAUGAUGGCAGGGUAGCGGGUUUGCUACUGACUUACGUCGACUGCCGCAGCGAGAACGACGGGGUUCUAGACGGCAUCUUCCUGCGUCGCACGCCAAUCCCGCUCAGGGAGCGUUGGGUGAGCCAGAUCAAAGAAGCGGUUCAGCAGCUCCAUGAAGGAGGCGUUGUCUGGGGCGGUGCGAAGGCCGACAAUGUUCUGAUCGACAAGAAGAACGACGCUUGGUUGAUCGGCCUUGGGUAUGGAUAUACUGAAGACUGGGCCGACAGCGAGAAGGCGGGUACGAAGGAGGGAGAUCUGCAGGGAGUGGAGAGAAUUGUCGUGUAUCUGUUCAGUGAGGGCUAUGAAUCUGCCUCGUCAGAGGACGAGCUUGACUUUGACUCGUCGUCGGAGUAAGGAGGCAGCUCAGGGGGAUGGGCCAUUCCAUAGACCCUGGGUAACGUCUCGGUUGCACCUCCGCUCCAGACAACCUGGCGCAUAUUGUCCUCUCUCAGCCAUCGAAAACGUGUCGAAGUUUUCU